AAAGGAAAGAGAAAAUUAAAAGCUGUCAUUUAUAUUUACUUUCUCUUUCCUUCAUUUCUUUCCCUUAAACCAAAUACAGCAAAGUAAAAUCUUUUUCCCAUCGUUUUUUUCCUUUACUAAUAAUGAACCAAAUAGGGCCUAAGGUAGGCGAAACGCAACCAAUAUUGCAAAAACGAAAUUACACAUUUGUAACAUAAUUACAUAUAAUUAAAGAUACAUCACUUGAACAACAAAGUCGUUGUAGUAUAGUGGUAAGUAUUCCCGCCUGUCACGCGGGUGACCCGGGUUCGAUCCCCGGCAACGGCGCAUUUUUUUUGAUUUUAUGUAUCUUUCCCUUUCAGAAUUGUUUGGCUCCAUUUCUCUUCCUUCAAAUUGGAAGUGCCCGUCCAUCACCAUUUUGUCUCUCCUCCUCACUGAUCAAUUUGGUCAUUGUUGAUUCUGAUUAACAAUCUUCACCCCCCAAAAAUGGCCAAAAAUAACAGCUGGGCCAGAGAAAAUCUAGCCAGCACCAUGCAUUUUCGCCUUCUUUUCUCUCAUUUUUGCUUUUUUCUGCUUAUUUUUCGGAUAAACAAACAAUCCCUCCUUCCUCUUGUUUGUGUGAAACAGAAGAUUUUCCUAUUCCAAAUUUUAUCUAAAAAUCAAAAAAAUAAUAAAGAAAUUGGGGUAGAAAAUCUAACCCAUGAAUAUUUAGAUUAAAUUGUUGAUUUUUGUAAUUCGAAUUUCUGGGUUUUGGUUUCUGAAGAAAAAGGGAAAUUGCACCCAGAAAAAAAAAAGUUAAUUUGAGGGUAGGUUUUAAGAAUAGUAAAAUCCUACAAAUAAAAAAGGAAAAGAAAAAAGAAAAAAUGGGUGGUGGUGGUGGUGGCGGCGGAGGAAGUGGUGUAAGCAAGCCAAGGCAGCUUGAUCAGACACCAACAUGGGCUGUUGCUUCUGUUUGUGCUAUUAUUAUUCUCAUUUCUAUUGUUUUGGAGAAAGUCCUUCAUCAUAUUGGCUCGUACUUUCAUAAAAAGCACAAGAAAGCUUUAUAUGAAGCCCUCGAGAAGGUUAAAGCCGAGCUGAUGGUGCUGGGAUUCAUUUCUUUACUCCUGACAUUUGGGCAAAGCUACAUUAUCAGUGUCUGUAUUCCCGUGGAGCUGGCAGAUACAAUGUUGCCUUGUGCCUUUAAGCCCCAACAAAUUAAACCUGAAGAAGGCAAAGGAGAACAUAAUCGCAGACUCUUAUGGUAUGAGCGUAGAAUGUUAGCAGGAGGCGGAGGUCCUGUUGGAUGUAAGGAGGGAUCUGUGCCUCUGAUAUCUGCUAAUGGAUUGCAUCAACUACACAUAUUUAUAUUCUUCUUGGCAGUGUUUCAUGUACUUUACAGUUGUAUUACAAUGGCGCUUGGGAGAAUGAAGAUUCGCAGGUGGAAAGACUGGGAACAAGAGGCAGUGAACAGAGAAGGCGGUUUUGACUCUGAUGCUUCAAAGUUUCGACUGACUCAUGAGACGUCAUUUGUAAAAGGACACAGCAGCUUUUGGACUAAAAAUGCCAUUUUGUUUGGCCUGGUCUGCUUUUUAAGGCAAUUCUAUAGAGCUGUUCGCAGAUCUGAUUACUUGGCACUGCGACAUGGAUUUGUUAGUGUUCACUUAGCUCCAGGAAGUAAAUUUGACUUUCAAAAAUAUAUAAAAAGAUCUUUGGAAGACGACUUUAAAGUAGUUGUGGGUAUCAGUCCUUUGUUAUGGGCAUCAGCAGUCCUUUUUCUACUUCUUAACGUUGAUAAAUGGGAUUCAAUGAUCUGGUUGUCCUUCCUGCCUCUCAUUGUGAUCUUGUCAGUUGGUACGAAGCUUCAAGCAGUCAUAACACGGAUGGCAGUUGAAAUCACAGAAAGACAUGCAGUUAUCCAGGGAAUGCCUCUUGUCCAGGUGUCUGAUAAAAACUUCUGGUUUGGCUGGCCACAACUCAUCCUGUAUCUCAUCCAUUACGUUUUGUUUCAGAAUGCUUUCGAGAUUACUUAUUUCUUCUGGAUAUGGUAUGAGUUUGGUCUAAGGUCUUGCUUCCAUUCAAAUUUUAUCAUGACUAUAGUCAGAGUUGGUCUUGGGGUAGGAGUUCAGUUCAUGUGUUGCUACAUCACAUUACCGUUGUAUGCCCUUGUGACUCAGAUGGGAUCAACUAUGAAGAGAUCAAUAUUUGACGAGCAAACAUCAAAGGCUCUAACAAAGUGGCGUAAGAAUGCAAAGAAGAAGAACGAUGGGAUCAAACCAGGACCUUUGCCGACCCAAAACCUUGGUGAAUCUCCAAAACACAAUGAAAUGGAUGACAUGACUGCCACAGUAGAUGUUCACAGCGAGGAUCUUCUCGAUCAUGAUCAUCCAUGACCUUCUGUAAAUUUUUGAGGUUUUCUGGCAAAAAGUAUUGAAGCUCAAGUUUGUAGCUGAAGAUGCAGUGACAUGAGAGUUUUUGGUGGCUGAAAAACAAGAAAGGAACAAAACUACAUCUUUGACUGCUGAGCUCUUGUGGCUGUAAAUGCCUGUAAAGGAAGCAGCAUCAUUCAUGUGCUGCCUCGACGAUUUCCAUACUACAUUCAUUAUAUACACUGAAAUGCUAUUUUCUCUGUUAAGACUUGUUGUUUCAACCAUUUUUGUGUGCUGUGUUUAGUAGUAAAGUUAGUGUAUUGUUGCUUUCAACUUUGAGUGUUAUACUGACAGAAGAAAUGCACUGAAAUGCUACUACAUUCAUUACACAUUCGUUUAGUAGUAAAGUUAGUGUAUUGUUGCUUUCAA